AUGGACAUCUUGCCUAAUGCUGAACCCCGAGAGACCCGAGAUGAUAUUAAUCAAUUAGCGCGGAGACUGAGCCUGCGCGAACAAGUUCUUCUGCUCUCUGGUUCCGACUUCUGGCGGACUGCUGAGAUACCCCAUCAUGGAAUCCCAUCGAUCAAAAUGACGGACGGGCCAAGCGGGGCCCGGGGUGAAUACUUUGAUAACGGGACACCUGCUGCACUCUUCACCUGUGGUAUCUCCUUAGCGGCAACGUGGAACACGGAGCUCAUCCAAAACAUUGGCGUACAUCUAGGGAAAGAAACCAGAGCACGAGGUGCAAAUGUUCUGCUUGCUCCAACUGUGAACAUACACCGUUCUCCUCUGGGUGGACGUAACUUCGAAUCGUUUUCGGAAGACCCAUUUUUGACAGGAAAGAUCGCCGCUGCCUAUAUUCGCGGAGUUCAAAGUGAGGGCGUUGCAGCGACAAUCAAGCAUUUUGUUGCGAAUGAGCAGGAAACUCACCGAAUGACAAUAAACUCAGUAGUUGACGAACGGACGUUGCGCGAGAUCUAUCUGAAACCGUUCGAGAUUGCAAUCCGAGAAAGUCGUCCUUGGGCUUUGAUGAGCUCAUACAACCUCAUUAAUGGCAUCCAUGCCGACGUCAAUGAGUUUACACUAAAGACAAUUCUCAGAGGAGAGUGGGGUUUCGAUGGAGCCGUGAUAUCUGACUGGACUGCGCUUACGGAGGCAACCGGCGUGGAAUCAGUCCGUGCCGGAUGUGAUAUUGAAAUGCCGGGCCCUGCAAAAUGGAGAGGCGAACGUCUAAUUCAGGCAGUACAAAGUGGACACGUAUCACUGGAAGAUGUCCAAAAUGCGGUGAAAAGGGUGCUUCGGCUCAUUCAGCGAACGAAGGGGCUUGAGAAUUUUCACUAUCCAGGAGAGCUGCCGGAUGACAAUAAGGCUCUGAGUAGAGCCAUCAAAAAAGCCGCAGUGGAGGGCAUCGUCCUGCUCAAGAACGAUGAAAAUAUUCUGCCUAUAGCGAACGCUCGGAAGAUUGCCGUCAUCGGUCCAAAUGCGGAGAGAUGUGUAGCAGGUGGAGGAGGAAGUGCAAAGGUGAACCCAUAUUAUUUAACUUCACCCCUUGACGGUAUCAUCGCUGCCACUGACGCUCAGGUACUACAUGCCAAAGGCUGUGACACUGCAAAAUGGCUUCCUCUAGCAUCAGGUUAUUGCAGAGCAUCAUCUGGCAAGACUGGAGUCGUAAUAGAAUAUUACAAAGGUGAUGAGUUUCAAAACGAUCCAGUAAGCGUUCAGUAUAAGGCGAGCACCGAUCUGUACCUUUGGGAUUCAGCACCGAAGCAAGUUCUUCCCGACUACUCCUUCAGAGUCAGGACAUCUCUUCUACCAAAGACAACCGGAACACAUACACUUAGUUUCUCGUCCGUUGGUCCUGGGCGACUAUUGCUCAACGGCGAGCUGUUCAUCGACAACUGGGAAUGGACAGAAGAAGGAGAGGCCAUGUUUGGCAACUCGAUGGAGGUUCGCAGGUCUAUAUAUCUUAAAGCUGACGUCCCUGUUGAACUCCUUGUCGAAAGCACAUCCGCCUCACGACCACGAAGUAAAAUCGAUACGGUUGGUACACAUGGAUAUGGUGGUUGCCGUAUUGGCUACCAAGAAGAGCAAAAAACGGAUCUUGUAGCUGAAGCUGUAAAGCUCGCCUCAGAAGCGGACAUUGCCAUUUUGGUCGUCGGGCUUGACAACGAGUGGGAAUCGGAAGGCUACGACCGAAAGGACAUGGAACUGCCCAGAGACGGAAGUCAAGAUCGUCUCAUCGAGGCUGUUCUUAGCAGCAACCCCAGGACCGUCGUUGUCAACCAGUCAGGAUCUCCGGUAGCCAUGCCAUGGGCUGACAAAGUGCCUGCAAUAGUGCAGGCCUGGUAUCAGGGCCAGGAAGCAGGAAACGCGCUGGCAGAUGUACUUUUCGGGAAAUGCAACCCUAGCGGCAAGCUUCCAACAACCUUUCCAAAACGACUUGAAGACAACCCUUCGUACGGCAACUGGCCGGGCCAAAACCUUAGCGUCGUCUAUGAAGAAGGCAUCUUCGUUGGCUAUCGACACUACGAGCAGCAUAACAAGGCUCCGCUCUUUCCGUUCGGCCACGGUCUGUCCUACACCAAAUUUCUGUACUCGAAGCCCCAACUCAGCUCCACGGUGCUGAUUCAAGAAUGCCCCAUCACCGUAACGGUUCCGAUAACUAACGUCGGCAAGCUAGCUGGUCACGAGGUCGUCCAAGCAUAUAUCCGCGCUCGCCAGUCCGCUGUACCGCGGCCCAAGAAAGAACUACGUGCCUUUGCGAAAGUCCUCGUUCAGCCUGGCCAGACGCAUGUAGUGGACUUAAAAGUCGAUAAGUAUUCGGUUGGAUACUACAACGUGAAUUUGGGCUCCUGGGUCGCCGAGCAAGGGGACUUCGAGAUUUUGAUCGGAGCCAGCUCAUCCGACAUAAGGUGUUCUGCGACAUUCCAAGUCCAGAAUUCUUUCACAUGGCUGUUUUGAUAUUCUUCAAAUACAUCUCAACAC